AUGGUAUUAAACCGUUUAAAUUUAACCUACGAAUAUGUUUACAACUUGAUUGAACAAGGAGUUAUCAAAGAUAUUAAUACAGUGGUUCCAGUCAUGGGUGGUUUAAGGCUGCUUCAUAUAGCAACUUUCAAUAAUGACAAAAAAUUGGUGGAUUAUCUGCUCCGCAAGAAAGCUGAUGUACAUAAAAAAAGUCCAUACUGGGGUACAGCUCUUAAUACUGCUGUUAUAAUGGAUUACCUGGCUAUAACUGAAAGUCUAAUAAACUAUGGAGCAGACGUUAAUACUCCAAUACUUGUGCCGUCUUAUUGGACCCCCUUCCGGUACAAAUUUUAUCAAAAUGAUGUAGAAAUUGCUGAGCUUUUGUUGAAUAGAUACGACGAUGUGAGUACGAUCUUAAAUCAGUAUAAAUUGUGGGUUGCCAAAAGACCAUUACAAAUCGCUGUUGAACGAAGUAAAGAAGCAAUGGUAGAGCUACUUUUAAAAGGUAAUGCUGAUCUGAAUCGUAGUACUCAUAUUUCUGGAACACCACUAAUCCACCACGCCAUUGGUGUAGGAAACUUACCGAUUAUAAAGCUUCUUUUGGCAUACGGUGCAGACGUUAAUGAUACAAGUGGUUCUUAUUUUUCACAAGUAAGUCCUCUUCAUUUUGCUGUCCAAUGCCACAACGCAGCAGCAGUAGAAUUGAUCUUAAAUGAUAGUAUGGUUGAUAUAAAUAGAGUGGCAUUGUCGAAACUUUCAGCGCUUCAUUCCGCAGUUUCCGAGGAAGAUGAUAAUAUCAUAAGACAACUUCUUAAUGCUGGUAUUGAUAUUAAUUUAAAAAACACUGCUGGUUUAACAGCAUUUACUAGAAACCGAAUUUAUACACAAAGAAUUAAUGAGACAAUUGCCGAGCAUAUUGCGAAAUUGAGUGCGGCGAAUUUUUAUGUCAGUGAAGAAAAUUUAGCAGUCGUAAAUCGUGAAAACUUCGGAAAAUUACGCAACCAGUGUUUAAGCGAAAUUGAAAAAAUGAAGAUAACAUAUGUUGGUAUGAGUAAUGUAACAUUUUAUAAUGUUUUGUGUAAUAGUGAACACAAAUUAGCUGUAAGUUUAAGCUAUGUUAGUGAUCGUACUAUUUUAGAUUUAGACAUUCAAUCUCUGUUUCCACUAUAUGGUGGAAUGUUAAGUUAUCGUUUGAAAAAAGCAUUAGGACGAAAAAAAUUGUUAUUGAAUGCUAUUAGUUCAACUAAUGAUAUUUUUCAUAAGAUCAAACUCCCAAUUAUCAUGAGUUGA